AAAGGAGAUAUCAGGACGAUAGACGUUUGAUAGGAAAGAAGGAGCAAACCACACCAGAGCACCCGCUAACCACCCCCACCGGAUGUACUUCGUUUCACUUUAUGAAUACAAGGGGGUCUAAGAUCCUUGCACGAACAUGAUCAUAGGUUUUAUACAUAGAUAUAGAUAUCUAGAUCUAAUUCAGUCACUGGAAAAUGAAGUAUUCUGGAACUUUGCCAGUUCUUCAAUAAUAAUAUUACAGUGUAUCAUCUAUAGGAGUUUUGCUUGGCUGGACUUUGACAGUAAAACCGGAAAGCCAAGGAUAGAUCUAAAUCUGGAAACUCUACCAGUAGAUCUACUCUUUCUGCUCGCUCGCUUCAAGAGAGUUCCGAUGCUCUGAGCGCACCGACGAAACUGCCGCGGUCUGAUCAAGAGACAACUGAUUGUACUGAUUGUAUGUCCAGUGUUUAUUGAAAAUAGUCUACGUUUCAUUCUGUGUCCCCAUUAUCUACCUCUUGCACGUAUGCGUCAUGAGUGCACCGGAUGGAUCUCUGUCUACACUUCUCAAAUAUCGCUUUACCAAAAAGAUCGUGCCAAAGUUGAACCACACAGAUUCUCAGCAGAAGAACGGACCUAAUGGGCUUGGAAGAGAAAACAGUUCAGAUUCCCUCGAUAGUCAAGCGACAGUUCUGUACAGCCAGGGAUCUUUUCCCAGUGCCAGUAACAGUCAGGAUUCAGAAGGAAGCCAGCAGACAUCCAGCCCUGUAGUGACCACAAAUAGUGAUUCAGGCAGCCUGCGGAGUCCAGGCUCUCAACCUGCUGCUGCUGCAACCUCUAGUCCCUUGAUUCCGUCAAAUGUCAAUCAAAGUAUUGCGUCCGACGUCUCCCCAGCACAGCAGUCGUCACCCUCUGCUGUUCCUGGUUCUGGUCCGUGGAUGUCCAAAACAACGGGGCCUGUGCAAACAAAUGGAGAUUCUAAGUUCAAGCGAGUGAAGCGUCCUGAACCCGACAGUGAUGACAGUGAUGAGUCUCCAGGUGGGAAGCCAGAGCCUCUCAAGAUCAAUGAAAAGUGGCUUAAAAAACUGAGGAUAAUGUUUCCUCUAGGAAGUGAAAACAGGAUGCGAGCAGCACUCAUUGUCUAUCCAAAGAACUUUGACAAGGCAGUGGAAUUUAUGACCUCUGAAAGUACAAAGAAGAGACCAGCCCCUGAAGACGCCGGAGAAGACGACCCAGGUAUCACAAAGAGUUACAAACGCAUCAAACCUAUGUCUGAGUCACCAUCUCCACCCAAAGUAGUCAGUGUGGAUUUCUUGAAAGAAUCUAGUCAAGACCAGAAAUCAGUGGAGUUUCUUCAGGGAUGUUUUCCAGCAAAGAGUGUCAAGCAUUUACAAAGUGUCCUGGCAGCAAGCAACGGUGAUACAGAAUUGGCUGUUGAGAAAUUGUCGGCUGAGAGUCAGCCUGGGGUUGCAGGACCAAGCACCACGGGAACUGGGAAACCUCAGAAGUCUCUAUCCAUGCUUACUGAAAAGAUGACUUCACAGAAACACGCUUCGACUCUUCAGACCACAGUGAAAGUGAAAGCAAAGAGAAGGGACGUUGAUUUUAGUGAUGAUGAAGAUGACUAUGAGGAUGAGUUUGAUGGCAGUGGAGACAGUGAUGACAGUGAAGAUUUAGAUAACAGGAGCAAGACAGAGACAGACAGCUUUUUACAAUUUUUUGAAGAGGCGACUAAAGAAGAGUUGACUGCAAUGCCAGGAUGUUCCAAAAAGAAGUCAGAGGUUAUUAUAUCUCUACGACCAUUCACCUCAUGGGAGAACUUGUAUGAAAAAUUCAGCUCUGAGAAGCAACUCUCGACAUCUCUCAUCUCUGGUUGUAAAGAAAUCAUGCAAGUGCGCAAUGCCAUUCGACGACUCAUGAUACGCUGUGAAAGUAUAUCCCAACAAAUGGGCCUAGUUGUCUCCAGACUGACGGAAGGCCAGAGCACGAAAGGGGCCGGUGAUAAAUACAGAAUAGCAAAGCAGCCAGAUUUGCUUAACAAAGAUUUUGAGCUACAGCCAUAUCAAUUGAUAGGAGUGAGUUGGCUUCGUAUCAUGCAUGAACAGCAGCUGAAUGGCAUUUUAGCAGAUGAAAUGGGACUUGGAAAGACCAUACAAGCCAUUGCCUUCAUUGCCCACCUAAAGGAACACGGAGAAGAAGGGCCGCAUGUCAUUAUUGUGCCUUCUUCAACGAUAGAAAACUGGCUACGAGAACUACAGCUCUGGUGUCCCUCUCUCAAAGUUGUAGUGUACUAUGGCUCUCAGGAGGAACGCAGGGCUGUCCGACAUUCCAUUUUUUUCCAAGGAGAGGAGUUCAAUGUCCUCCUGACAACGUACAAUAUGGCCACGGGUGGUGUCGAGGACAGGGUGCUUUUCAAGAAAUUUGAAUUUCACUACGCAGUUUUUGACGAGGGUCACAUGUUGAAGAACAUGUCUUCUCUACGUUUCCAGAACCUUAUGAAGAUUGCAGCUGACCGCCGACUUCUACUGACUGGAACUCCGCUACAGAACAACCUUCUGGAGCUGAUGUCUCUGCUGUGUUUUGUCAUGCCAGAGAUCUUCCAGGGAAAGACGGAGCACCUGAAGAAAGUGUUUGCUAUGAUUACUAGGUCCGAGGACAAACAGAAAAGCCGUUUUGAAAGGGACAGAAUCGCUCAAGCCAAAAGGAUCAUGAAGCCUUUCAUUCUACGAAGACUUAAACAAAAUGUUCUCAACCAGCUGCCCAAGAAGACAGAGAACAUUGAGCGCUGCUCUAUGAUCCCCAUCCAGCAGGAGCUGUACGACAGUUUGGUGGCCCGCUAUUCACAAGAGUUGUCAGAUGAGAAUGCAGAGCCCUCCACAGGUGGAGUCGGUAUUUUCAUGCAGUUCCGUAAAGCGGCCAAUCACCCGUUGCUUUUGCGAAACUUGUACACGGAUGAUAAACUGAAGCAGAUGUCGAAAAGAAUAGCAAAGGAGCCGUCACACAGGGAUAGAGGAGCGCUGCCGGAGCUCAUCCAAGAGGACAUGUCCUUGAUGAACGACUUUGAGCUACUCGGUUUGUGCAAACAGUAUGAAAAAAACAUUGGGAAGUUUAUUCUGGAUCCAAGUGUCAUCACAGACUCUGGGAAGCUGCGGGUCUUGGACAGACUGCUGCCUAACAUGAAAGAAAAGGGCGACCGUGUUCUGCUGUUCAGUCAGUUCACCAUGAUGCUGGACAUUCUGGAAGUGUACAUGGAGCAGCGAGGCUACAAGUACCUCAGGCUUGACGGGCAGACACCUGUGCCUGACAGGCUACAGCUGAUUGACAAGUUCAAUGUAGACCCGGAGAUCUUUGUCUUUCUCCUGUCCACCCGGGCCGGGGGACUGGGCAUCAAUCUGACAGCUGCCAACACUAUCAUACUGCACGACAUUGACUUCAACCCUUACAAUGACAAACAGGCUGAGGAUCGCUGCCACAGGCUGGGCCAGAAGAGAGAAGUGAGCAUCUAUAAACUGAUUUGUGAGGACACUGUGGAUGAGGCAAUGCUGCGUUGUGCCAAUGAUAAGUUGGCUCUCGAGAAGGAUCUCACGGAGUCUAACAGUGAAGAAAAUGAAGAGGACGCCAAAGAUGUUGCCAAUCUUUUGAAGGAGGUGCUAAAAGCAGGCCAGGUGAGGAAGGCGAAGGAGGCUGGCCAGAGUGGCAGUGUGGAGACUGCCAAGUCCACGUCAUCUUGACCUUUGUUUCCUGCUAUGACGAUCACUGUCAACAGACACACAUACACACAACUCCUGUACAGAAACCUGCAUGUUGUAAUUGUAUCUGUAAAUAAGCUUUUGUUAUUCGGCUAGUAGACACUGUUGGUGGCAUUGUGAACAUUUCUCAGUUUGACCAGAUGCACAUGGUUAGAUGGUGUUGGGAUGGAAGACACUUUAUAUGUUGAACUUUGUGAUCUUUUUUCCUACCUAGAACCUGUGUGUGUUUUACAGAAAAAUAGGGAAAUUGCUUUUCCAGGAUACCUUCUUGAUCUCAUUGUCCAGGUUCAUGCAGAUGUAACUGGUAGGAAAGGAUGUUAAAGCCUCUUGUCUUACUGAAGGUAGGGUUUUCUCAUAUUGGAUAAAGAAUUCUAAAGCUAGGGGGUCUUGUGUGCAGACUGUGCAGUCAUGGCACCUUGGCAGUUGUGAGUCGAAGGAGAGCAGAGAGUUUGAUCAGCCUUCUCAGGCAAGCUGCCUGACUGAAGCUUUUAGUUAGUGCAUUAUGGAGGAUACGGGUCUGUACUAAUAAUGAUCAAAGCCUUUGAUAAAUGUUGUAAUUUUUAAAGACUUUUUGAAAAGCGUUUUGGUUGAAAAAUAUGACAGACAAGUUGUUCUUUCAACUAAUGGGGAAAACUAGUGUUUGCAAGGGAAGAAAAAGGUUUGAGAGACCAAAAAA